AUAUGGACACAACAGCGCUUCCUGAAAGAAAAUGUCUACGUGCAGCGCACGCAGUCCGGGGAGAUGCGUGUUGUGAAGCAGAUUGAAACAAGCCUCUUUGUUCAGUUCCACGGCUGGUUUCUUUCCACAAACCAUGUCUGCCUCGUGAUGGAGUAUUGUCCUCUCGGGGACAUCUCGCAGUGCUUCUCUGGUACUAUGUCUGAGAUAACAGCGCGGACGAUGUGCGAGCAGCUCCUGGAGGGAUUGGUAAAGCUUCAUGAGAUGAAGAUUACGCACCGGGAUUUGAAGCCCCAGAACGUAUUGGUCGUCUGCAAAGACCCAAUCUGGGUUAAGAUUGCCGACUUUGACAUCAGCAAACGUGCCCUCGAGGGAGAGACGCAGCUGCGGUCCCGCGUUGGUACGGAGGGCUACAUGGCACCUGAAACCCUGGGGUUUAUAGACGAUGGAAAUCAGUCCUCGAGUUAUACCAAUGCAGUGGAUAUUUGGUCUCUCGGUUGCUUGGUGUAUUAUGCCCUGACCGGGAAUGCACCAUUCCAGAAUAGCGUGUCUCUUCGAGAUUAUGCGUGGGAGGCAAUGGAAUUUCCUGAGAAAGACCUUAUCCAGAAGAGGGUGAGCAGGUCAGGAAGGGAAUUUAUCAAAAAGAUGCUGGCUUUGGAGCCCAAGGACCGACCAGUGGCCUCAGCAGGUCUCAUACAAGAAUGGGCGAUUACUUCGUUUGAGGAGCCUGGGUUGGACUCAAACGAAGAGAUUCGGGAUGAAAAUCCUACAGAGUCAGGCACUACAGAGUCUUCUAUAUCCACAAACCAAACAGACUCAACGAGAACGACAUCACCGGGGCCCAGCCUGCCCACAGUCCAAACAAUCCCAUUAGACAACACCGAAGACGAUGAAGACGUGGACUACCACUCCUCCGAGCUCUGGUACCUAAUGCUCAACCCACAAGCAAGCUCCAAGCGAAUCAUUCCCCUCCUAGACCUAGGCGCAAACCCCAACAAGCGCCUCGACGGCCGCACAGCCUUACACCUAGCCGUGAAGCACGACACCGUCGAAAACCUGCAGACACUCCUCGACUACGGUGCCGACACGACCUUGCGCUGUCGUCCGCAGGAGGAAAUCGCUCUACACAUUGCAGCGAACGAGCGCGACGUCGACAAGCUUAUGCUACUCGCUUCCCGACCGGGUAUCAAUAUCCAGAAUGCCGACGGUGACACUGCAAUUUCUUUAGCGGUCGCCAGAUUUAAGUCCGCUGAGGCUGUUCAGCUUCUGCUCGUUCAUGGGGCCAAAGCCAACAUAAAAGGACGACACGGGCGCACGCCACUCCUUUACGCGAUUGUGCUAGAUCAGGAGGAGAAGGCCGAUGUUAUCCUGCGGGAGGGGGGCGAUCCGAACGCGCGAGAUAAAGAUGGCCGGACGGCGUUGCAUUUGGCCGUUCUAUCCCAGACAAUGUCGUUGCAAUUUCUGAAACGUCUGAUCGAUGCUGGGGCAAGUGUCAAUGCGGAGGAUAACUGUGGGCAUACCCCGUUAUACGAAGCUGCAUUCCGGCAUAAACGAGAUGUUAUGGCCUUGCUGGUUGAACGUGGUGCCAGUGUCAGCUUGGGUGAUUCGGGGCUGGAACGGCGUGUGCGCCGAUUACUAUCCAAGGGUGGAUUGUCCGCCUUGCUUCCUUGGGCUCUGGGGACAAACAGGAGUUGA